UGCUGUCAGCUUAAAACAUUGAAGUGCUUCACUUAAAGACCAAUACGGGCUGAAGGGACAUUCCUACAAGUAUUUUGUUUAAGUAGUAAAAGACGAGGCAAUAUGCAGGCUUUUAGAAACUGCGGUUUGUGUGCUAGUGGGAGUCUUCUUAAAAGCCGUGCUGACUUCUUGGUAGCCCGGAGAAACCUGGCUGUCCUACGACUGAGUGCUGCAUGCGUUCAACUCCUCAAGGACAAGGCCAAUGUGUUCUGCAGGAGUCCCGCUCCUCAGCAUCUCCUGCACCUGCCGGAGGUCGCCCGAUCCAAUAGAGUCACGUUCAGUCUCGCCAGCAGCCUCUGUGCGGUACCUUUUACACAGCAGGUUGAAAACCUUUCACAUGAAUCCCUGAUUCGUCGAGCCUCAUGUCUGGUCACAGACAGUGCUAACACGUACCUCUCUCAGACCACACUGGCUCUUGUGGAUGCCCUCACACAGUAUGCCAAGGCACUACAUGCACUCAUUGCCCUUCAAAAGCGAUUUAUAAACUCAAUAGGAAAGCUGACCCCUGCUGAAGAGGACAGCAUUUGGCAGGUGAUCAUUGAACAGCGAGUGGAGGUUAGUGAUAGAUUGGAAGCAUGCAAACGCUUUGAGUCAAACUGGAUGAAUGCCAUCAACAUCUGUGAGUUGUCAGCAGAUGCAGCCUACAAUUCAGGAGCAGAGCAUGCAUGCACCGCAACAAAGACUAAUCUGCAGGUGGCACAGUGCAAAGUGGAAGAGCUUAGAAAGAUCUCAAAAGAAGCAGAUAAAAAACUGGCUGAAACGAAAGCAGAAGAGAUCCAGAGAAUGGCAGAGUAUGCCUCUAGCAUUAACAUUCCUGAUCUGGAAAAUGUUCCAGAGGCGUACCUUCGUGAGGACUAGAAAAAUAAGUGACAUUUGUAUUCUGUAGCCAGCAGUGAAUCACUCGGUGGGAAUGACUGAAUCAGGAAUGUACCUUUAUACUGUAUACAUUUGCAAUCAAUAUUGCUUAAUUAAUUAAUGGUUAUUUGAAGACCUCACUGAACCAAUAUGGUUAAUGUUCAUAAUGAUAGAGCAGGAAAAA